GGAACACACGGUGUAGACUGUGGUAGAUUUAGUAUAGAGCGGACACAUAUUCAACAGAUUUUCUUUGUAUGUCUCGACUUUCUUGUUGGACAGUUUAUAUCUAGUCAUCACUUAAGGUUGAUCGGCUAUUCAAGGAACACUGAAAAUACAGGGCGUUAAUUUUAAUCAGAAAAAAAUGUUUUGUUAGCUUUAGGCAGCAAUUUCUCUCAGUUUGGAAAGCUAGCCACCACCAGCAACCGAGCCUUCCAGCAACGUUUCCCCAUCUCUGGCGACCAGCAAUGCAGAAGACGUGACGAUGAAGCAGACAGCAUCGUCCUCCAGUGUGUCAGUGAUCGUGUUUAGUUGCCUCCUCUGUGUCGGUCGUUCAUCUUGACGAAAUGAAUUUCUUGCGCAAUCGUCUUGUUGUUCUGGGCCUGGUGUUGCUGGCCACGUUGCUGCUGUACCUGCUGCUGCCGUCCAUUCGCCAGGGCAGCAUGGAGCCGUCCCUUGAAGCUCAAAAAAUGGGGCUGAUGGCCACUCCUCCCCCUCCACUCCCAACCAUCAACGUGUCAGUUCGCACCGGACAGCUGCCCGGGGACCCGCCACUGUUCUUCCGAGAGGCUUUACCUGUUGACGGGGCAGGACGGCAGAUAUUGCCGAGGCUGCAAGUGGUCCUUCUGCACGGCCAGGCCUUCACAUCCAAAACCUGGGAAGAACUCGGUACAAUGGCCCUGCUGGCAACUCACGGAUAUCAGGCCUUAGCGAUGGAUCUGCCAGGGUAUGGAAAGUCUCCAGAUUCAGAGGCUCUGAAGACCGACCAGAAUCGUGUGGACCUCCUGUCAAGGUUCAUGGAGUCUCUGGGUGUCAGAGCAGCUGUGCUUUUGAGCCCUUCCAUGAGUGGACAUUACUCCAUCCCCUUCUUCAUGAAGAACAACGCUCAGUUGCACGGCUUCAUUCCCAUAGCACCAGUUGGUACCCGAAGUUACACUCCACAGCAGUACCAAAAUAUCCAGACUCCCACUCUGAUUGUGUUUGGAGCUCUGGACACAAAUCUGGGUGCCCAGUCCCACAAGAACCUCAUACAGCUUCCACAUCACUUUGUACUCAAGUUAGAAGGAGCUCGCCAUGCCUGCUACAUGGACAAACCCAGAGAAUUUCACCAGGGACUGAUCGACUUCCUCAGCAAACUGAAAUGAGAUGCAUAGCAGAGGAGGGUGGGGUAGAGAGAUGGAAACAACAGAAAGACAAGGGGAAAAUAGAAAGAGGAACACUGGUCCUCAGUUUUGCUAAAAAGAUCAGCAUCAUUCUCAUUAGUACCUGAAGAUUGUUAGGCAUGGGAGCAGGUUUUAUAACAUGGAAAAUGGCAUGUAAAGUCUUGUAGUGACCUUUAAUUAUACAAUAUUUCAGUUGCUGCCAUUAUAAAAGUAUUAUUUUUUCAAUUUUCCAUAGUGUCACCCCAAAAAACACAAGACUAGUUCAGCUCAGCUUGUUUUAAAAAUAGUGUCAGACUUGUAUAGUGGUGAGUUUUUGUUUCAUGUGUUUCAUGUCUCUCUCUGCAUGUAAAACAUGGAAUGUGUUUGCUUCACAGUUACCAUUUUUGUAGGUGACACAUAGGUUACUGUAAAUAUGCAAAUGUAGCAGGUGCCUGUGUUUAAAUAGCUUCUGUUCGCUUCACAUUUGACAAAACAGAUUUGUAUAUAAAGAUCUGGUAACCGUUCCAGCUUCCAGGCAAACACAUGCUGUUCUCCAUAAAAGCAAACAGAACUGAUAAUGCACUGUAAUUAAAAAAAACAUUUAUGAAAGAAUAUGGGCCAUGUUAAAAUGCUAAAAAAAAUAGCUCACAUUUAUUUGUAUAAUGAUGAUAAAGUUAUAUGUAAUAUAUUUGCAAUAAGUUUGGACAAUCAUGCAAAAAAAACAAACCUACAGUAAGACAUGUGCAUAGCUUAAAAUAAAAGUAAAAUGUG